AUGAAUAGAGCAGAAAAGGAUCCCAUUACGAACACUACUCGCAUUCAAGGUUGCUUGCAUUGUGGCUUCAAGUUCGAUCUAGCAGUGAGGCGCGAAGUUAUCCUGAAGAAAUGCUCGCACCAGAUGUGCUUGAAAUGCCUUGUCUCCAACCCAAACAAACUCGGUGGUAUAGGCUGGUUAGCCAAAGAAUCUGAGGCUCUAGAGGUAAAUGGGGAAACCCAAAAGGACAAGGAAAAAGUGACAGACUGGCCAAUUGAUUUCCUAUGUGUGUUUUGUGGUAAAUCACAUCUGUUCAGUACCUUGGACAUCGUCUUCGUAGAGAAGGGCGAGCAGAGAGAUCUGUCGCAGGCUUCCGCCUCAAGCUUCGAGACUCCUUCAGUCGAGUCCAUUAGACAUGUACAAGAAGCGGACUUAGAAAGCAAUCCGGCGUCCCCUCAGUCAGGUGACCCUGAUGCAAACAAGGAGGACAACGAAAUCAACUCCCCAGCAAAGAAAAGAGCGAAGCUGGCCAUGCCCGACUACUCUUCAAUCUACGAUCAUCUUUUCGAUCUACCUCCGCCGGACCUGAACAAGAUUUCGACGAUCGAAACUUGCCAUUUUGAAGGAGAUGAAGAGGAAGAUCGCCCACCCUUUGCUGUUCGCAUGCCUAGGUUACCCUACAACGAUCCGAAACAGACGACCGCAGCGGCGCUGAUCAGAAACCUGAUCUGGCUCUUUAGCUACUACGACGCCUACUCUGACGGUAAAGUUCCAAUAAGGGAAAUAAAAUACGUGUUGAACACGGCGGUGGAUAUGGUGAAAACCAGAGAUCGAGCAAUCAAUCAGUAUCCAGGCCCCUCACCGACCCCAGAGGCACCAUUAAUUAACAUCAGCGCGAACUUGGAGCACCAAGUCACCCGUCUCCACGACUUCGUUCUCACAGGAGGCCUGAGGCCCAACAACGAAACGGGAGGAGCAAAGAAAUAA